AUGGAUGCUUUCAGAUUGCUGGUUCUGACAUGCUGUCUUUUAGUCUCCGUCUUUUGCCAGAAAUACGGUCCUCCAGGCCCGCUUUCAUCGCAUUUCGUCGACUGGCUCAUUGCAAAUGGAUAUGAGAAUGAUAACUUCGAUAGGCCAGAUGUUGGGCCUAACGGAAGCUUCGGCGGAAAGAAACGAUCAACCGAACAGAUACGGAAUGAGCCUGUUAUCUUCAUACAUGGUAAUGGCGACGCUGCUCUACACGCACAGGCACCCUUAGCUACUGGAUGGAGCAGGUCAAUACAGUACUUCUUGGAGCAGAACUACACCCAAGGUGAGCUGUACGCGACCACAUGGGGCGACGCAUGGGGUAGCGGAUCUAUUCUGGACAGCUACAGCACCAUGCACACGUGCAGUAAUCUGCUGAUGCUACGAAGAUUCAUAGAGGCGGUUUUGGCAUACACAAAGGCUAGAAAAGUGGACGUCAUUGCCCAUUCUGUAGGAGUCGUUCUGGCCAGAAAGGCGCUUAAAGGCGGGUCUCUUAUUGGAACCGAUGGCAACUGUACAUUAGGUCCUCCACUCACCGAACGUAUCGACACUUUCGUCGGUAUAGCUGGACCAAACUACGGUUUAUGUGUGUGUCAACUGGCACAAACAGUGCCGGCAUGGUGCAACGCCCUCGAUGGACUUUAUCCCGGCUAUACUUGCCAAGAUCAGCUGCUCUGCGGCUACACGUCAGGCAACUGUAAACAAGAAAACUAUUCGGCACUACUCGAAAAGUUGAACAAUGACCCGACCCGAGAGGCCGAGCACGUGUACGCCAUGUGGAGCGACGUUGACGAAGUGCUUUUGUUCCGAGGGAUGACAUGGGGCAAGCCGACGUCGCGAAUCCCUGGCAUGAACGGACGCUGGAUAUCUGACCGGAACGGCCACAUCGCUAUGAAGGAUCUUACUGAACUGCGACAGUACGAAGCUGUCGUGCACCAUUCAAUAUAA